AUGGACUCUCUGCCGAAAAAUCUCAAAGAACAAGUUACUUGUUCAAUUUGUCAGGAUACUUUCACCGAUCCCAAGACAAUAACCUGCCUGCACACAUUCUGUUGCGAGUGUAUAAAGAAACACGCACUGAUCAGCCAAAGGAAUGGAAAGUUUCGCUGCCCUGAGUGUCAAGCUGAAGUCGAUGUUCCCGCUGAGGCAAACCGUUUUGACAAAUUGCCGACCAGUUUUCAUCAUAAUAGUCUACUCAGUGUUCUCGCCAUACAACAAAGCGGCAAAGGAAUUGACAUCAGGUGCGGUAUUUGCAAGAAAAACAGCGCUGAGAUAAGUUACUGUUUCGAAUGUGCUAAAUUCAUCUGCACUUACUGUGUAAACGCACAUCAACAAUACACAGAAGGACACAAGGUGACGCCAGUCGAACAGUUCCAAGCUGAAGACUACAAAGCCCUGAUGAAAGGACAGUCAUUUUGUUCCCAGCAAUAUCACGAGCGAGAAAUAACGAGGAGUUUCUGCCUUAAAUGCCAAAUCUGUGUUUGCCAAAUAUGCACUGCUAAGGAUCACAAGGCACAUGAUGUGAAACCAUUGGAGAAAGUAGCCAACGGCGUGAAAGCCAACAUCCUGACACGAACCGAGGUAUUAAAAGCAAAAGCAGAGGUUUUUAGCGAUGCGAUUCGUAAAUAUGAACAAACAGCACGUGAACUGGAAACUAAUAUAACUAACACUAAACUUAAAGUUUCCCAAGCAGCUGAAAAAAUGAUCGCCAGGAUUAAAGAAAACGAACGGCAAAUCAUUGCCACCCUCGAGAACACGCGCGUGUCAAGGGCGGAUAAUUUAAACUCUGCAAAGACGCAAGUGCAAUCCUUGCUGAAGCAAAUUAACCAAGCAAUCGAGUUUGCUAAAAACUUGAUUCAAAGAACCUCCAGUUCAGAUAUAAUGCAAAGUAAGAAUGACCUAGAAAAACGGUUUGAACAUCUUGAAAACACACCGAUCCCUGAAAUUCCGGUCAAUCCCAUGAAGUUUUAUCAAACAAAAGAAGAAAAGAAUCUAACCCUUGGUUACAUAGCAAGAAGGAAUCCAGUAGUAGGACUGACAAAAGAUUUCCAAGCUGGUGUUGAAUCAGAAUUUGAAGUCCACCCACAAAUACUUGGAGAACAAGUGUAUGAAGUGGAAGUGCUUGUGGAACCCGCUGAAAAACUAGGAAGUUUGACAAUUUGCGAAAAUCAAGAUGGUGAUUACACCGUGAAGUUUACACCUAAAGUUCCAGGUAUCUUCAAUAUCACUAUAAAGGUAAAUGGCAAGGAGUUUGCAGGAAGACCUUAUAAAGUCCAAGUAAAACAACGACUAAUUCAAGUUGUGGGAGAGAUAGAAAUAAAAGGAAACACUCUUGAAAAGCCAAAUGGAAUUGCGGUAAACAACAGAGGACAAAUCGCUGUUGUUGAUUAUGAAAAACAUUUUAUCUUGAUAACUGAUAUGAAAGGAAAAUGUGUAAGAAAAAUGGGUUGUUAUGGAAACAAAGUUGGACAGCUCAACCGUCCAACUGAUGUCACAUACCUAAAUGCUGAUAACAUUCUGGUGGCGGAUCAAUUAAAUCAUCGCAUUCAACAAUUUAAUGUUCAAACAGGGAACUCUGUAAACAGCUUUGGAAAGAGAGGGACAAGGGGUGGUGAGUUUCAAAACCCUGUCAGUGUUUCUUUGGAUGAUGAAGGUCGUGUUAUAGUUGCUGAUUUUUACAACAACAGAAUCCAAGUUUUAUCACAGGAUGGUGAACCUUUGUUUAAAUUUGGAGAUAGUGGACCAGAAAUACUAAACAAUCCCACUGCAUGUAUUUACCAUGAGAGCAAGUUCAUUAUUUCUGACUGGGGUGAUGAUUGCUUGAAAGUGUUUGAUAAUACUGGAAAGUUUUUGUACAAGAUAGGAGAGCCAGGCAAGGAUGAUGGACAGUUGAAUGGUCCAUGGGGAUUGUGUGUCCAGAAAUGUGGUGAUCACCAUAAUCUUCUGGUAUGCAAUGCUGGCAAUGGCCCUGUUGAUCAGUUUACUGUGGAGGGUUGCUUCACUGGAAAAACUGUUUACAAGUUACAAGACCCCAAAGGAAUAACUACAACACCCGGUGGACUUAUUUUAGUUACUGACUGUAAGACCAAAAAAAUUCACAUCCUGAAAAAGUAAUAUGUAGCACCAGACUGGAAAACCAAGAAAUUAGUCAUCCUGAAAUAUGUACCAAAAAAGAGAACUCGGAAUGAUAAAGGGUACAACAAGUAAAGAGCAGCUAGAGACAUUCAGAAAGCUCUUUGUUAAGGUCAUGAUUCUGACAAUGUAUUGGCAAUUUAAACACACAAAUGCUUUACAUUAGACAGAGAACUCCAGUUUUGCUGCAGUUUUUGACAUUAAUAUACAUUUGUUCAGACUGCAAAGUUUAUACUAACUUUUUCAUUUCUGAGGCAAAACAUUAGUUCCGAGAACUAACCUUUAAGACCUAAAAAGUGAUGAUCCAACUUCUUUGAUCCUGGUGAACUGUCUUGUGUGGAACUGCUGACAGAGGAAGGCUGUGAGAUUCCAGUCAGGACAAGAGGAGUGAUCAUAGCACAGAACUCUUGUUGAGUGCAGUAAAUGGGAGAUGCUCGGCCAUUUUCUUGAAGAGAUCUGUUACUUUCACCAAAACUUGCUUUGCAACUGGCUUCCAUCUGAGAACAAUCAAUAAGUGAUAAGUGCUGACUCUGAGAGCUUUUCAGAAGAAAUGACUAAGGAGUGCUUCUAUGUAACUCCAGUAAAUUAAUUUUUCAUUCAAUAUGCAGCAGUGAGGGAGCUUGAUGAUCAGCAGAGUAGCAGGAAAAUAUUUGACAGGCAAGAAGACUGGGUAAUCCCCCAGAGGGACACGUUUUGGUCUUUGAACCAAAUGUUAUUUUUUAUGAUGUUACUGAGAUGAAGAGGAGAGUUGUGACCAAUUUGUGAUGCUGUUCUUGUAGAUGAACAAGACUCUGAAGCCAAAGUGGAGUAAAGAACCCACAAAACACUGCGCCACUGCUAGCUAGGACAACAAGAUGAUUCCCUGGAAUGGGAAUUGGACUAAACUGCAGACCAUUUUAUAAACCUGAAAUAAAAAGGAAAACUAGUUCGGUGAAUUUAAUUUAACCGUAUUGUGAAUAUAUCACACAGAUGUCAGUGACAAACCUAAUAAAAAAAGAUUUCAGAUUUAUUAAUUAAACUAUAUUUUUUGCAAAACUAUCGUAAAAAUGCCCACAACUUUUCUCAUUUCAAAGCUGGAAGUUUCAGUAAUGUGACUGUAUUAUAUGGUUCGACACUAACAGUGGUCAACUGGUCAUCGGUCAACAGAAAUAGCUUGUUGGUGAGUAAGAAUUUAAAAAACCUGGCCAUUUGGCCAGCAACAUUUUACCAAAUUUGACCUACAUGUACAAAAUUUCUUUGUUUCUAAGUACAAUCUUUUAAACAGUUUUUCACUUGAAAAUUCAAAAAUUACGACUUGUAGAAAAUAUACAUGUACUUCAACAUAAACAUUUUUGCUGCACACAUGCUUGCCAUAAAUUGUUGCCAUCUUGGCUGGGUAUUUUAUGUAAGAACUGGAUCCUGUUGUGCCCAGUCCGUAUUGACCAAAUCGCACGUGACUAUCAUGGCAAGAAAGUGGUCAUGGCGAACAUUUAUGAUUUGCUUGGAAAUGGCACAAAAGCGUGUUUCAGUUUCUUCUCCGCAGACUCAAAAUGAUCCAGAAAAUUUAGAACAAGCUGUCAGUGUGGGCCAGCAAGAAGUUGUGAAAGACAAGCUAGAUGGAGAUGAGAAGGACCAACGCCCUUAGGGUGGAUUUCCACUGAUGCAUAAUUCUUAUAUGUUUAUACACACGUAAAGUAUGCAAGGUCACACGUAGCAUAAAAGUUGAGCCUCACUCAACUUUCAUGCUUAUGGGUGGCCUUUCAUGCAUCGCCUCUAUUUUUACUUUUGCAGGUAUGCACAUAUAAAAAUUACGUGUCAGUGGAAAUCCACCCUUUGAUGUGCAUUUCAAUGAAUGGUUGCAGGUUUGAGGAGUACAAUGCAGCCAGAGGGGUAGUAAAAUGGCUGUCCUCAGGGGAGAGACUGAGAAGACCAGAGUUUGUCAUAAAAUCUAGUGUCUAGUCUAAGAUAACAGUUGACAGUGUUUUGGAUGAAAUAGAACUCUUUAUUAAACUGUUUUUUUUUGGUUCCAAAAAAAAACAUGUCUUAUUGUCAUUCAAAUUGAACACUUCUUGCACCUGGCAACUAAACAUUUGUCUUGGCCAGUUGAAGUUUGGAUGAACUGGCCCAUCUAAUUCAUGAUCAUCUGAAAGUUAAUUUUGAGCUCUGGUGUUACAAAUACAUAAACGAGUGUGGCACACCAAAAUGGAAACAAUAUUAAAGUUAAUGAUUUAUAAUAAUAAUCUCAUACAUGUAUGCAAGGUUAUUCUAUGCAAGGCUGUGCUCUAGCAGAGCCCAGUGGCCCCAGGCACCUAACUUUUGCUCUUGGGUGACUAGAAAAUCUCAGAUUUUUCAUACAAAUCAUAUGCUGGGCAGCCUAGAUUUUACAGGUUCAGAGAACUGGGCUCCUUUCAAUGUUCAUUAGAGCACAGCUUUGUUCUAGGAAUUGGCCAGGUUUAAUCUGGGGGGCCGGGGGACUUUUCUAGAAAGAAGGCCCAAAGAAUCUGGACAUUUUUGAACUAAUUUGUUUUGCAAUAAAUUUUCCUCUUUGGACAUAUUGCUUGCUUUAGUCUUGUAGGCUUAAGGCCUGCGAAUUUGACUCCUGACUGGAACAAUACUCUCUUGAUCAGCCUGAUAAGCAACAACAAUCAAACCAGGUCAAGUGAGCCCCUAUCCCCAUUGAAUUCAAAAUGGUUUGCAAAGGGCUGCCACAGUACCAUUCUUCUUGUGGAGGGCAUCUGGAAAAGCAGGAAACCGGAAUCGGGAAUAGGAACGGGAAUAGGAACCAGAACCGGAAAUGAAAUAGGAACAGGAAUAGGAAAAGGCACCCAUAUAAAUGGGAUGGAAAAUGUCCUUAUUCGAUUUAAUGUUAAUUUUAUUUUUAUUUAAAGAAUUGAUGCGAAAACAAAGAAAAACUCUCUCUGAACAAGAAGCAUUAAUUUUUAUAAAGAUACAAUCGCUGAUGCUAAAUCUCUAUAUGUCUCUCGCUGGAAGGAUGGCAUAAUACAUUUAUUUGUUAUUAAUAACACAUUUAAACGAGAUGCCCAUGUGCGAUCAGGGCAGCCAUAAACGCCAGGUUUGUUUUGAUAGGUUUGUAGAUUUAUUUUUAUUGUACUAAAACUAGAUGUUUACAAGAAUAUUUGAUAGCCAACAGCUAGUCAUGUUGCAAGAUUUUUGCCUUUUGUCGCCUUUUUCUUGGACUUUUAAACUGGCAUGUCGAUCUAGUUUGCAUGUUCUAUGUACACAGUGCAAAUAUAGACCAAAAGGUUGGUAUGAUAGUUGUUUAGCAGAAAGUGAUAGCUUAACAUUAAUGACUCAACCACCACCUGGUCAGCACAGAUGAGAGAGUGCCAGUCUGCUGAGCAAAAGGUCGCAGGUUCGAACCCCGGCCAGACCAACACUCAGGGUCUUUAAAUAACUGAGAAGAAAGUGUUUCCUUUGUAUAAUAACAUCUACAAUUGGUUAGACUUUCCAGUCUUCUCACGGAUAAGGACAAAAAACUGUAAGCCUGGUCUCACAGCACUUUCGCUUAUCUGGUUCUUGUGGGACGUAAAAGAACCCACACCGUUGGAGAAGAGUAGGGGACGAAGACCCCGGUGGUGUGGCCAACUUUCACACAUCAUCCACAUCAUAGGUUGGGUGGGUACAGUAUUAAAGCUCAUAAAUGGACUGAGAGUGACUACCAGUGGCAGGUGCGGAUUCUCACCGGUUUCCACCGUUUUCUGGAAAUCGGUCAGAUUUUUCACAAUGAACAUACUUUUAAUAAUAGUAAAACUUCCCUAGUUGAAAUUUGGAAAAUGGUCUGGACAAAUGUUUUCUUUUUUGCAGUUUAAGAGCAUUAGAUGCCCCCUCAAUGAAUCAGAAACCCGGGAAAGGGAACUUUAGGGAAUUAAAAUCCAAAACAAUACCCCUAGAAGCCUGCUCCCUCGGCCCCUCAUUUAGGAAAUCGGUCAGUAUUAAUUUUAUCCUAGAUCCGCGUCUGAGUGGUACCUUUGUAUGAUGUCCGAGCUUACUGUUCACAUGUUAAUAUAUAUUGUAAGAAGGCAUGUCUGUUGUCUUCAUGACUCCUUCCUUCCUCCUUCAAGUUCCCCAUUUAUCUCAGCAGUACUGUUCCCACCUGGUAUAUUAUUUAAAACUUACAGUUUAUCUUAAGUCACAUCGAGAAUUGAAGUAAUCUAGUAUUUAUUCAAAUUAAUCGGUAGUGGUAGUACAUACACACAGAGAUAUAUUAUACACGAGGGGGCUUUAUAGUACUCGUAAGCUGAGAUGAUGAUCACGAAAUCAAGUGUUGAAGUUUUUAAUAUCGAUUGACAUGAUAUAUGACAGGUAGCUCUACUGCUUAACCUUUGACAUUGUUAAAAAGUUCGGUUGGGUAGAAACUAACCAAACAACCUCGUCCCCAGGGUGCUUUUCCCUUGCUGUGGAAACAAGCCAGGGAAAAGCACCCUGGGGAAGAGGUUGCUAACCAAAGACCUGCUUAAAAUCACUUGAAAAUAGCUCGAAAAUCCCAUCUUGAUCUGGAAUGAAGUUGUUUUGAUACUGUUAGUUCUAAUCCCAAGUCUCAGCCUGGACUCCAGGCCCUGGUUAUUCAAACGUUGGACAGCACUAUACAGCAGAAAAAUUGUUGAGAAACCAAUAAAUCGCAUUAUCGGGGCUCUGGAUAGAGAUUUGUCCAGUGGAUACUGCUAUCCACCUUUUAAACAACUGGGUCAAGCUCAUUUUUAUUUACUCCUUUCCUGUCACUUUACCCUUUUCUUUUCCUUUUUCCAUUUUGGUUCUGGUUCCUAUUCCUGUUUCUAUUCACGAUUUUAGUUUCCUGCUUUUCCAGACCCCUCUUGUGGAAAUUUUAAGUCUGCUAGAUUGUUGUGUUUGAGAAUUUUAAAUAGGAUUCCAUGAGGAUGAACACACACUAAAUAAAACUUUUGAUUCCCACUUUGAGCCAUCAUAGAGAAAUCCAGGGGAGUACUCCCUCACAUAAGCCAUAUAGGUAUGUGCUGCCCCUUCGGGUAGGGUUUUUGGGCCGUUUUGCUCUCAAAACAGGUAUACACUUUGCCCAUUUUGGUCUGGAAUCGGGUAUGGUUUUCGAGGGAACUACAGAGUGUAUAAACCAUACCUGCAAACUCUCACGCCUGCGGGUUGAAAACUUCUAUCUCACGCCGGCUCACGCUUGCGGGCCAAUUUCUCACGCCUGAUUGAAAAAUGUGAGUUGUUGCCGUCUUGCUUGACACAAUUUCCAAAAAUAUGUUUACUCAGACGCAUGUAAGGAACGAAAACCAUGUGUAAAAUGAAUAAAUGACAAUACCUUCCUCGCGAUCUCUGAUUUUUGAAGUGAAAAGCACUGCGAGCGAGCUCGCGUUUAUACGCGUCCUAAGACUGGGACUGGGAUAACUUCGAUAACUUCGCCUUCGGCAGACUUCGGACUUCUUCGGGAAUCUUCGGAAAUGAUCGUGUCGUCUUUAAAAAUCCCAGCACUCCCAGGAUAACAAUCUCACGCUUAUAUCUCAGAAAAAGUUGGCAGGUAUAAUAAACUUAUUUAUUAUUUCAAUUCCAAAUGAUAAAGAAAGAAAGAGAAAUAUGCAAAUUCGAAAUAGAUUUGAAUAAUUUUUGUGUUCGUGCUCUAAUCUAAGUAAUGAUAACAUGUACAUAAUUUCUGAGGUCUGAAAACGGGUAUGGAUUUUAGAGUUCUAGUCUGAAAACGGGUGUGGAAAAUUACAUUUUUUGGUCUGAAAUUGGGUCAGGAUUUGGAGACCGGGCGGCACACCUCCACCAAGGAGUACCCCUUCCCCCACCCGGGAGAGAAAUAUACGCAACCUCCCCUCACAUCCAACUACUUUAUAGACUAUUAUACCUUCAUCUCAAAGCUAUCAUUUAACAUGUCAUCUCCCGACCAAUAACUGUUUCCUUGAUGAGAAGCAGCUUGUCGGAUCUCCGCUUUGAUAUUUUGAUCAUGUGACCAUUUGUUUAGCACUUGGUGCUGGAGGGAUCUGGUACAAACUACUUCCUCUUCACGUGACUCUUCGGUUGAUUCUAAGACGCACAACACUUUCUCUUUCUUUAUUAAUUCGUCUCAACAAUGAGUAGGCUUAUCGUUCUUCAUAAAACUGCUUUGUAAAUUAACAGAGAAAUGCCUCUUUUGCUUUCUUCUUGUUACAUGCUUUUCAGGAAUAGACUUUUCAGAGGGUUCUGUGAAAAGGUGUUCGCAGUUUCUGAGCAACUCAGAAUGUGAUAGAUCAAUCUUUAAAAGUACCUUCUUUUUCGAGUUUGAAUUUUGAAGUCUUACAGAAUCCUCUUGCGCGCACACACCAUCACCAUCAGCUAAAUCCAAUAUAUUUUUGGAGCGUUCGGUGUUGAGUUUUUCCCCAAUAUAUUUAAUAUCGUGCUGGUUACUGGCCAAUGUUCUAGACACCUCUACCUUUUGUUGAAGAUCAAACGGGUCAGCGGACCUCGUGGCAUCAGCAGGCGCCAUCGAUAUUUUCUGCAGUGUAUUUUCACAAUCGAGCUCCAUAUCUGCCAAGAAAGCGUCUAGAUCUUCAGAAGAAGGAAAAUCAGUAAAUUCUGUGUAAUCCUCUUGAACAAUUCCAUAAACGAUAUCACUGUACAGACUAUGAUGUAACUAUUUCACCGGGUGUCUUCUCUUCUAACGUCACACAUGGUUUAGGCCUGGUUGAUAUUUUGUAAUUUAUGAUUGGCUAUGAUUGUUCUUUUGUUUUAUUUACAUCCAGCUCCAAAUCAGCUAGAAAUACACUGAGAUCCUCUCACGAAGGAAAGUCAUCGUACUCUGUCCAUUUACAAGAAGGUUGCUUUCUCUUUGUACAUGUCAAGUUUCCCGGAAUUCAGUCCCGUAGUUUGAGAAUUUAGCUGUGUAAAGCGAGGCGAAUUUGAGUUAUUGCUGCUACUCUGAUCAAAAAUAGAAAAAAGGAAACAUAUUUGACCAAGUUAUGCUGCAACCAAACUAAAUUAAUGUACUGACAUCGGAUUUUUAUCGACACCCAACUACCGAUAAAAAAGGUCGAUUUUGAUUAGAAAGCGAUCGAAUCUGUGUUAAAAUCAAAUUCAAAGUUAUAAUUGGCAAGGCUCUAUUCGUACCUCUUAAUACUGGCAUUACUUCUUGGGCAAAGG